AUGGCCGGCACAGGCAACGACUUUCAGAAUGGUGCGCCCUUCUACCUAGACGCCACGCAGCAAGACUUGCUCCUCGCUGCUCUCGCUUCCAAUAACCAGAACCCCAACGACCUCUUCUCCACAGGCCUCCACAACGGCCACCACAGCAAGCAAUCCAUCGACGACGCCCAGUUCCAGUAUCCCGUCGAUGCCCUCGACCCCGCCUACUUCACCUCGCCUCAGCAAUCCACAGCCGGCACUGGCUUCAGCAACGUCGGCAUCGAAGAAAGCCCCUUCAUCGACUACCUCGAUGGCGACAACGGCUUCGACUUUGAAAAUGCCGACGGCGACAUGAUUGGUGCCCUUCCUGGCGACACGCCCGCCGACUCGAGCGAGAAACGCAAGAGUCCUGGUGACGAAGAAGCCGAAGACGACGAGGGAGGCGGCAAGCGCAGAGAAGGCGAGGACAAGCAAGCUAAGAAGCCAGGUCGCAAGCCGCUGACUUCUGAGCCUACAACUAAGCGCAAGGCCCAGAACCGCGCUGCUCAGCGGGCUUUCCGAGAGCGCAAGGAAAAGCACCUCAAGGAUCUCGAGACCAAGGUCCAGGAGCUCGAAAAGGCCUCUGAUGCUACAAACCACGAGAACGGCUUAUUGCGCGCGCAGGUACAAAGGCUGCAGAUGGAACUUCGCGAGUAUCGGAAACGCCUGUCAAUGAACAGCAGCGGCCUCAGCCGCACCCCACCCCUCGCUGGAGGCUUCAGCUCCAUGCUCAACACCAGUGUCAAUAACUUUUCAUUUGAUUUCCCACGUUUCGGCGGGCUUCCAGGCGCUCAGCUCCUCGACAACAGCUCACUGACCAAGAACAAGAACGCUUCCGUGUCUUCGAGCGUAUCGGGACGACACAACAGUACCGGACGAGACCUCAGCCCCAACAGCAACGCCAACGGUUCCACCACCGACUCUCCCGCCCCAAUGAGCGCAGGGGCAAAGACUCAGCGCUCUGGAAGCUUGAACGGUUUCUUUGGCUUCAAUAACAACAACAACAACAACAAUAGCACACCAAACGCUGGAGCCUCUCGCAGCAACACGACAAGCUCUACGGGAUCGCAAUCGCGUAUCUUCCAAUUCAACAGUGGUUCAUCCAAUCACUCGGACUCGCCUUCGAAUUCUUCCACAUCGCCCACCAACCAAAACUCGUCCUGUGGCACAUCCCCAGAACCAAGUCAUGCUUCGCCCAACCAGCAGGCAGACACAAUCACAGACGGCUAUGUGUGCCAUGGAAACUCCGAAGUCUUAUCCGCCAAAUCCCCGACUCCUGCCGUCAGCGGCAUCGACUAUCUCGCGAACCAAAACGGCGGACAAUUCGACCCUACUCUCUUUGGCGAGUACCGCGAUACCCAAAACGCCAUUGUUGGCGACGGCGACUUCACCGGUGGCUUCUUCAACGACGCAUUCCUCAAUACCGGCUAUGCUAGCCCCUUCCACUUUGGCGACACACCAGCUGUGCAGAAGCCAAAUCCACUCGAGGAGAUUGAGCGUGCACAAGACGGCCAAGACGGUGAUGACGAGGUCGUUCCAGGCGAGGACGUCAACUCGCUUCUCAACUGCCACAAGAUUUGGGACAAGCUCUCAAGUCGCCCAGAUUUCAAGGACGGCACCAUUGACAUUGAUAGUCUAUGCAGCGAGCUCCGCGCCAAGGCCCGUUGUUCUGAGAGUGGCGUCGUAGUCGACCACAAGGAUGUCGAAGAAGCCUUGAAGCGACUACCCAAAGAGAACAAGACUCUUGGAUAAUUGUUCUCAUCUGACUGGAAAAAAAAAUCUGUGCAUUGGGUCGGACUGUUUAAUGGCGCACUGAUGGUUGAUACCUGUCUGCGAGUUUUGAAAAAACUCCCAGCUCACAAUUCUUUUCUUCUCAAUAUUUUGGGUCUUUUUUUUUCUUAUUGGGUUGCGAUGCAAACUUUGCCACAUUUCCACUCGCUCUCUAGUUCUUCUAUACUCGCAACAUGGUUUGCAUGGCACCAUGCUGUAUCAUGUCUUUGUGAUUUUGAUCUUGGUAUGAGAGUUUCAUUGUAAUGUCCGAGCUCCUUUUUCUGUUUGAUGGCAGAAGGCUGGCGUAUAUGAUGAAAUGAUGUGAUGCAUACUUCUUAAAAUACAAUAUGUGUUUUUGAU